AUGCCUAAUAUAUUCGCACCACCAGUGGCUGCGCAUCGGUCACAUCCGACGGCAUGGAGUCUCUCCCAAGGCAGCCACAAGCGCAAGAAACAGAGACUGGUCGACGAGGCUGCCAGUAACGAGGAUCAAGACGAUGGCGGAUUGCAAGAGCCAGAGAUAAGAUCUAGUAGCAACCUUGAGUACACAGCUGUGGUCACUCCGCUAGAAAGACACCAACGUCACGUGGCCGGCCAACCUCUUGAUCAAGAACCACCGCAAUUCCCCUUUCCACAUGCAGCAGAUCCCGCGACGAAGGGUCGCGGUGGACGGCGCACUUUGCUAGAGGGAAGGAAGCGAUCAGACAUACCCCAUCUGCCUGAGACAUCACAGUCUCUGCACAUGCAGCACCUUGCAGCGUUGACUACCAUACUUCAUCGGUCGCUGCUCAAGGAAGAUUUCCCACGCGCAUCCCGGGCUCUGGGCUUGCUGUUCCGCGAAGAGCUGGUCAGCGAGAAUGCUGCGAUGCGCAGUCGAGGCUUCAUGGGUAUCGCAGCAGAAGUACUCCUGCGCAAUGGAAAGACAAGAGAUCAUAGCCUGGAUCCGGCUGCGGCUUCACAUCCAUUCACGCGAGAGGGUUUCGAAAAAGCCAGACGUUUCUAUGAGCGACUUAUUGUCAAGCACCCUUACCACAAGUCUUGGCCUCAUGCUGUAAAUGCUAUCGACUUUUACUUGGCGAUGUUCAAUCUAUGGAUUUAUGUAGUCCAUACCACCCCAUCAGAGAGCCCGGAGGACAUUGAAAACGAUGUCGGUCCCAGUAAAGAGGUGAGGGCACUAGAUCAGGCUAAUCAAAUUGCCAACAGGAUGGACACGUGCAUAGCGACCGUCCCAUACAUGGACGAGCCAGAGCUCAUAAGACUCCGUGCAAUGGUCGCUCUCUGGAUCGCUGACCUCCACGAAGACUGUGCUUACAUGGUCAAGAGUAAUGACCCCCAGGCGAGCGAUGGCUUCUCGGAGCGGCAUGGUCUGCCUCUGUUGGCUGAAGAAGAACAGAUGUCGCGAGAGGACGAGCAUCUCUCCGAGGCAGGCCUCGCACGUGACAGGGCUCGGGAACUACUUUCAAAAUUGGGAGGUCAUGCGACAAGCGACGAUGAAUGA